GAGCCCGACUGGCGGCGGCUUAGUAGAGAGAACAGGCAGGAGGAGGAGGAGGAGGAGGAUCCGAGCGAACGGCUAUUCGGCUAACAUCGAUGUUUAACCGAAUCGACGAAACCGACGUCUGUUGAACUAAAAGAAUUGAACCUGAUUCGAAGUAACAACGUCGAUACCUUAUGUUUACGUCUUGGCUAUCCAAUUAAACCAUGUCAACCCCAGCAAGACGGCGUCUGAUGAGAGACUUUAAACGUCUCCAGGAGGAUCCACCGGCAGGAGUUAGCGGAGCCCCGUCGGAAAACAACAUCAUGGUCUGGAACGCUGUCAUUUUUGGCCCUGAAGGAACACCCUUUGAAGAUGGAACUUUCAAACUAACAAUAGAAUUUACAGAAGAAUAUCCAAACAAACCUCCUACAGUCCGGUUUGUCUCCAAAAUGUUUCACCCUAAUGUUUAUGCAGAUGGUAGUAUAUGUUUGGAUAUUCUUCAGAAUCGCUGGAGUCCAACAUAUGAUGUUUCCUCAAUUUUAACCUCAAUACAGUCUUUACUGGAUGAGCCGAACCCAAACAGCCCUGCCAACAGCCAGGCAGCUCAGCUGUAUCAGGAAAACAAGAGAGAGUAUGAGAAGCGUGUGUCGGCCAUUGUGGAACAGAGCUGGCGUGACUGUUGACCCUCCUUACAGUUCACAUAUGAACAAUAGUCCGCCUCACCAACAAGAGGAAAACCACCUGGCAAAGAAUAAAAUAAAACACAUCAUGUUUUGAAUCAUUCUCCAUGUACUCGGUAGAAUUGUCUGUUCUGUAGCUGUUGCAGGAUUAGAGUGAUGUUGUGUUGUGGUCUCCCUCUUCAUGCAGAACCUUAUCCUAGAUGAGGACGAACCUUAGUUUAACAAAAUAUUGUUGCUAGGGUUACUUGCUUUUAUUUGGCCUGUCCUCACUUUUGUCAUCUUAUUUCUUUGGUUUUAUAAGUUGCUCCUACACUGUGGGCUGAUUUCAUUUUGGGUAUUAACAUGUUGGUUGAGAGUGAUUUCUUUGCGU